ACACGGUCUCCCAUGGUGACUGACAUUGACAUAUAGGCGCUACAUUCGCUGCUUGCUGCUAGUCUAUAAACAAGCAGUCUGAUGCUACAAUACCUGUUUAUAAAACACUAAAUUAAUAGCGUUUGAUGUAGACAGUCGGAUUGACGGAUUUGAGUGCAACAUUAAAAGUGAAAGCACCAGGAUUUUCCCGUCAGAUAUAUUUGGCUGUCAGAAGUCAAACUGGCUGAGAUGGAUGAGCAGAGUGUUGAGAGUAUUGCGGAAGUUUUCCGAUGCUUCAUUUGCAUGGAAAAGCUGCGCGAUGCCCGUCUAUGCCCUCAUUGUUCCAAACUCUGCUGUUUCAGCUGCAUACGGCGAUGGCUGACUGAACAGAGAGCUCAAUGUCCCCACUGUCGAGCUCCGCUUCAGCUGAGGGAACUGGUCAACUGUCGCUGGGCAGAGGAAGUGACUCAACAACUGGACACACUGCAGCUCUGCAACCUCACAAAACAUGAGGAGAACGACAAAGACAAGUGUGAGAACCAUCAUGAAAAGUUGAGCGUGUUCUGCUGGACUUGUAAGAAGUGCAUCUGUCACCAGUGCGCUCUGUGGGGAGGCAUGCAUGGAGGUCAUACGUUCAAACCCCUGGCCGAGAUCUACGAGCAGCAUGUGACGAAGGUGAACGAGGAGGUGGCUAAGCUGCGGCGCCGGCUAAUGGAGCUCAUUAGUCUGGUUCAAGAAGUGGAGAAGAACGUCGAGGCGGUGCGUGGUGCGAAGGAUGAAAGGGUGAGGGAAAUCCGGAAUGCUGUAGAAAUGAUGAUUGCUCGGCUCGAUAAUCAGCUCAAGAACAAACUCAUCACGCUCAUGGGACAGAAGACCUCUCUGACACAGGAAACAGAACUGCUGGAGUCUCUGCUGCAGGAAGUGGAACAUCAGCUGCGUUCGUGCAGUAAGAGCGAGCUGAUCUCUAAGAGUCCAGAGAUCCUGCUCAUGUUCCAGCAGGUUCACAGGAAACCAAUGCAGUCUUUUGUCACCACUCCUGUCCCACCAGACUUCACCAGUGAGCUGGUCCCUGCCUAUGACUCCAGCACUUUUGUUUUGGCAAACUUCAGUACUCUGCGGCAGAGAGCCGACCCCGUCUACAGCCCCCCGCUCCAGAUAUCAGGCCUGUGCUGGAGGUUGAAGGUUUAUCCGGAUGGCAAUGGAGUUGUUCGGGGAAACUAUCUCUCUGUUUUUCUGGAGUUGUCUGCAGGGCUUCCUGAGACGUCCAAAUAUGAAUACAGGGUGGAGAUGGUCCAUCAGGCCUCCAGUGACCCCACUAAAAACAUCAUUCGAGAGUUUGCAUCGGACUUUGAGGUGGGCGAGUGCUGGGGGUAUAACAGGUUCUUCAGGUUGGACCUUCUCGCCAGUGAAGGAUACUUGAAUAUGCAGACUGACACUCUUGUGCUCAGGUAUCAAGUGCGAUCACCUACAUUUUUUCAGAAGUGCAGAGAUCAGUAUUGGUAUAUAACUCAGCUGGAGUCGGCCCAGUCCAGUUACAUUCAGCAGAUCAACAACCUAAAAGAGAGGUUGGCCAUAGAACUGUUCCGUCGGCAAAAGUCGCGGAGUUCCUCUCCACCUGAUCGGCGUCUCUGCCCCACGACUUCCUCUGGGAGAGACUCUCGUCAGGGGAAGAGCUCCGUACUGGAGGAAGGGAGUCAGGCAGCAUCAGUAGGGACUAAGGAAGAUGAGGAUGAAGAGAAGACCCAGCAUGAUGACUCUAAUGAGUUGUCUGACGGGGAUCUGGAGGUGGACUGUCUAACUGGAGAUGAAGAUGUCAAUCCUCUGGAUGGAAGUAGCACCUCUGGGAGCUCAACAGCCACCAGUAACACAGAGGAGAAUGACAUUGACGAAGAGACCAUGUCUGGUGAGAAUGACGUGGAGUACAGCGGGAAUCUAGACCUUGAGGAAGGUGAAUUACCCGAUGAUGUUGCCGGGGCAACAGGAGAUUCUGGUGCCUGUGCCCGGGGUUCAAGGCGUGGGGCAGGUGCAAGUUCAGCCAGCCUCCUGGAGAUCGACCCGGUCAUCCUCAUCCAACUCUUGGACCUGAAGGACCGCAACCAUGUGGAGUCACUGUGGGGGAUGCAGCCCCGCCCCCCUACCUCUCUCCUCCAGAGCCAAGCUGCUGCUGUGCCCUCUCGUAAAGAGCGUGAGCGUCGUCCUCAGGCGGUGCGUCGUUCAGCCCCGGACUCGGGGGUCCUGAUCAGACUGAAGGCUCAGAUGGCAGAAGUGCGCAGUAAGAUGUCGGACGUGAAAGGGCAGCUGGAAGCUCGUGGUGGAGCCGGUCGAGUCUCCUCUCAGGGAGCCUCAAACCAUGAGCAGGGCCCCUCCAUGGACUCAGAGAUGGGACCCAGCCGCAAACCCAGUGAACUGCUCUUCAAAGCGCCCAUCUCAUCACGACACUCUCGCAGUGGAGUGAAGAAGGCUGGUUCUCCUAAGCAGGAGAGUGUGGGGGCGCUGGGUGGACUGUCCCUGCGCCGGGGUGUGGAUGCUGGGGAGAAAGAGCUGAGAGGAGCAGGGCGAGAGUCCCCUACUGAACCUGCUCUGUGUCCCAGAGAGGGACCCUCCUCCUUGGAUGGCUCCCUGAAAGCACGGAGUGUGCAGAGUUCUCCUCCCUCGCUGGGAAGCAGCUCCUCUUCCUCUGAUAAACCCUCCGGCUCUAAACACGAGGAACUGCUGUACGGAGCUUCAGCUUCAGGCCUGUUCAGCAUCACAGCUCUCAAUGAAGCGGCUGCACCCGCCACCAAACAGCGCAGGACUCCAGCCAUUGGACCUGGCCUGCUGACAGACAGCUCUCUGAACUGUGAUCAAGAGAGUGCCGACGAGAUCCAUCAGUCACUGCUGUCACUGGCUGAGCCAUCGUCCUCUUCCUCCUCACGCCCUGAUGAAGGUCUCCUCAGUCAAAAACAGCCUCACCACGUGCUGCCGAGCAUGAGCAGCGACAGCGAGCUGGACUGUGACACGGAGAAUGAGAAUGAGGAUGAGGUUGUGGCUCUGGAGGCUGGAGACUGUGCGUUUGACACCAGAACACUACCCUGCCCAGGCGAGCAGCUGAUCCCUGAUGAUCUGAGCUUUGUGUCCGGAGAGACCACAGAGAGGUGAUCCGCCACAGUGCUACAGAAAUGCCUUGAAGUCGUCAGGCUCUGAAUGUGCUCUUUGCAUUAUGUCUGUGCACUUACUUUAUGUUCAGAUAGAACAGGAAUAUAUCUGCUACUGUAUACAUUAUUUAAGAGAAACACAACUUUCAGGAUGGGAAAGAAAAGUGUUUUUUCCUCUCUGCAUUGUGAAAUGCGCAACAUUCCGUUAUAAAGCUUAGGUGUAUAUAUUUAAAUGUGCAUACUAGAUAAUCAUAUUACAGUUAUAUACUACAUUUCUUUAUUUUUGCAAUGCUGCUUAUUGUCAUAAAUUCAUAGGGAGUUGCCAAACACCACUUUUUUUUCCUUUGAGUCAAUAACUGGGUUCAAGUGUUUUGGCACUUUGAGUCAGAAUGUCAAUACAGGUGCUGCUCUGUUACCGAUACAUGUGGCUUUAUUCUUUGUGCAGUGUGUGUGUGUGUGUAUAUAUAUAUAUUAGUGAGGUUUUUUUUUUUUUUUGUACCCCCACUGUAACUGUCUAGUCAUCAAAGUAUAGCUUUCUAUACCCAAAACAUGUUUACAUUGACUAAAUGUUUGCAAAAAGGGAACAUGGAGCUGAUACAAGUUCAAGUAAUUUUCUGACUUUGACAGGGAUGUAAUUGUGUUUUUAUAUAUUUCAAAUAAGCAGUUAUUACACAGCUCAGUUACAAGCACUUAUGAACUUAUUAACGCUACAUUCCAAUUUUUGCUUGGUUUUUUUUUCUUUCCUUUUUUAACCCAUGUUAACUCCUAUAAGAUGUCCAAAUAAAAGGCAGUUACAUACUUAAACCAAAGUCUCAGGUGGGUCCAAGUCUGUUUUUAGCCCCAGGUCGCAUCAGAACUGCUCCAGUGUUAGUGUGGUUUAGUUUGAGCUCAGACUGUUGUGGCAGCAGCAGCUGGGAAAUCGCACCAUUUGUUGUGUAUAGAUGUCAUGACAUUAUCAACAGCUGGGGAGUGAUGCAGUUAUAUUCAUUUGAGGUCACAGUGUUGCUCUUUGCAUGUACAGCUUUCGCUCAGUACCGUCUGUUGAAAGUGUGAAUGUUUUGUUGAAAAGUGUACUGCGAGUAAUGCGUUGCUUUUGCUGUUUAAUAAUUGUUGGCUUAAGAAUUAACAACAGGUCAGUGCUUUAUACAAAUACUACUUUUUCCCCUCUGCUUCCUCUCCAGCAUGUUUUAUAGCCUCUGCAAAGUCUAAAACAAUGAUAACAGUGUUCCUUGAAUAUUCAAUGUAAAUCUAAUGCUGUUCUUUGUGCUGUAAUAAUAAUAAUAAUAAUAAUGUCCCUAUGUUGAUGUUUCAUGUUUCAUAUUUCAUAUGAGCAAGAGGGCAGUGUGUUUACGGCUUUCUUUCUCUAGCAUGUUUUUAAAGAUUUUUUUUGGGGGGGCGGGGGGGGGAUAUGCACAGAAUGUACUGUAUAUUUAUCUAAAUUAAAACCUGAACAAAUAAAUGACGCGAUACUAUAAAAUGCUUUAUUUUUCUUUGAGUGACAUAAAUUGCAGUGUUCAAAGUGUACAAAAAAUAAAUAAAAAUUACAGGUCCAAUUUCACCCCAAAUAAAAAUUAUAUAGUAAAAUCUAAUGAAAAGACAUAAUUUAAGAUAUAAACCUUAUUCAGAGCAGCGCCAUGACAGGUGUAAAAUCGAGGCUGUUAUCUACCGUGUUUUUAAUGGCAUCUGCUGUAAAAGGCUGUAUAAAGCUCCUAGAUCACUUAUAAUGUUCCACAACUCAAGUUGUCUGGAGUUUUUUUGUCAGCUGAAAACAUGGCGCUGCUGUGAAUAAGGUCCAAAAAAUACUUAUAUGUGUUCAGUUACAUUUUGUAUUAUUUAUGACAGACUUUUAGACAACUUUUAUAGACUUUAGAAAAGUCUUUUGGACUUUUCAUUUUAUUUUAUUUCCUGGCAUUCCAACUUUUUUCCAAUAUAUAUAUAUAUUUUUUUUUUAAAUCAGCAUAAAUUAAAUGCAUUUAUUAUACUAUUAUCUAUACAUAUAUUUUAUAUUAAAAAUAUAUAUUUUAACUUUCUUUGUUAAAAUUUUCAUAAAAAUGUCACUUCAAAAAUUGAUUCUAAAAACAGAUUUCUAAAACCUAAACUUUUUUUUUUUUUUUUAGAUUUUGAGGUCCUGGAUCUGAGCCCAAAAAGAAUUAUAUAAUAAAAUAUGAGAAAAAAUUAAAUCUAAAAAAAUGUUUGUGUUAAAUUAAAUCUAGGUUACUUUUUUCAAUUAAGCAGAUUUUUUAUUAUUAUUAUUUUUUUUUUUUUUUUUUUAAAUUAGUUUACUGUUUUUGAGUAUUUUUUUGGCAAGGUGACAUUAAAUAUUUUUUAUUUUAUUUACUGUAUAAUACAGUAAUUUUUUUUUUAAAUCAGCAUACGUUAAUACAUUAAUAGCAACACAGCAAAUACCUUUAUUAUACCAUUAUUUAUAAAUACACUUUAUAUAUAUAUAUAUAUAUAUAUAUAUAUAUACUUUAUAUAAAGUUUAUUUAUUAAGCUAAACUUAAUUAAAAGUUUCAUUAGAAUUUUCAUAAACAUUUCACACUUCAAAAAACCUAAUGAUUCUAAAAAUAGACUUCUAAAACAUAAACUAUAUUUUAUAUUUCUUGCUUCAUUUGGGGUGAAAUAUGACCUGGAUGUGGUUUUCAUGAGAUUAUUCACCCACUAACUGCUGUGUGUGUGUAUGUGCGCGCGCAUGUCCGCUGUCUGUCUGCACCUGCUGUCUAGUCUGUACGAUGUGCAGUGCCAGGUCGGUGCUGUGUGAGAAUAAGCCCAGCAGUGUUUAUGUGGAUGAGUGCGUGUUGGCUCUGAUUCUGUCCUCUUCACAUCCGUUCCUGCCCCUCCUCCAGCACCUGACUGCCAACACUCACUUCAGUCUCUAUAAAGACAUGUUGCAAUAGAUCCGUGUCAGUAUCAGGAUAAUAAUAACAUACCUGGUUGGCUUAUACAUCCUUCAACAUUCCCAGUUAUUUAAGCCUCUAAAUGUGUGUGUGUUUUGUGCUGUGAUGACCGAUCUUCAGGCCAUUUCAGAGGAUUUAUGUAACACGGCGGACCUUUUUUUGUAGGGAAAGUGUUGGACACUAAGUACACAGUUUUAAUUUACUGCUCAUCCAGAAAGCGGAACACUAAAUCCUGUUCUCAGUGCAAUUCAUCACCUUCAAUCUGGACCACUCAACCGGAAAAAUCCAGCUUAAAUUUUAACUCAAGUAAACAUCUUUUUUUUUAGUUACAGGUAUUUUAGACACAAUAGCACUGGAUGGCUUUCACUUGUGCUAGAUUUAAAAUAAAAUACAUGUGCAAAAAUGUCUGUUUAAUGCAUCAAUCCUAAUUUCCAAUGCUUUAACACAACAUCACUGUUGAUUUUGUUUGAAAUCAGUCUUUUAGACCGAAAUUGAACUUGUUUGCUAUGCUUUCAGUGACAGCUUGAGACAAAAGUACAACACAUGACAUAUUUUGCGUAACAAUUACGUAAACUACAUGUUUGAAAAGGAAAAGCUCUUCUGAAGUUCAGCAGGGACUUUAAAAAUAUAGCCAUAAAUAAGUUAAGAAUGAUUAAAGUUUAAUAUACACGCCACAACACAGACCAGGAGACACUUCCUGUGCUAUAGUCUCCAUCACACCUGAACUGCUGAUAAACACCAGCUACAUGCUGUUAUGUACGUAUAUAGGCCUAGACAUAAUUAUAAGACUAUUUUAUAAUUAUUAUAUAGUGUCAUUUAAAAUCAUGUCAAAUAAAGUCUAUAACCAGGUGACAUAACGUUGCAUGUGUGACAAGGACUCGCGCUCCUUUCGCCACAGGAAGUGCAAGUAGCUUGAUUAAAAAGCAGCUUGUUCAAUUAAAUUGUCCUGUGUUAUUGCCAGGGCCUGACAGGUGGAGGACGGAGACUAUAAUUACACGUCCUGGCUCAGAAAGCCUUCAGGGGUCACAACCAGGCCUUGUGUGUGACAGCAAAAAGGACUCGCUGUACUUCAGAUCUCAGAACACACACAAAUUAAUUGAAACAGUUAAGCUGCUACUUAUGCAUAGCCUAAGGUAAGACUGAAACAUGUCUGAGACUGUAAAAACUACUGUAAAUCUUAAGGGAUUUACACAAACAUAUGUUAUUAUUACACUAAUACUGAAUAUCGGCAUAAACUAGGGGUUUGGGAAAUCUGAAACCAGUUAGUGGAUAUGUCAUAUGCCAGUCAGCCUCACGAACAUACCAACAUUGUUCUGACUGAACGGACCCUAAAGAUGCAGUGAAAUUCCAGCAAAAAUUUUCUGGCAAAAAAGUUCCAUUUAUCGUCAAUAGUGUAGCGAUGUAUGAAGCACAGCACAGAAGUCACUUUCAAAUCGGGCUUUCUGUUGGUCAACGCGGCAAACCAACUUGUUUGAAAAAUGGUAUGGAUUCCUACUGAAAUUACUGUAUUUGGCAAGCGAAAAGUAAAUGUGACCGUGCCGUAAGAGUCACUUUUUUGUGAAUCAGCGCUGUGACUACUGUUUCAUGUGGGAAUGUUUAAAUGACGCCUGAAGAUAUAUUUAAAUUCCCCCUGUAAUCAAUAAUUUUAUCUCUUAAAACUUAACUUGAUCACCAAAGUGACAUUUAAAAAAAAUUUCCUGUGAAAAAAAAUUCUUCAUGUUUUAAAAUAGCUUGAAUGUAGCCUGAACUCUACACCCUUGCUUCAUUUAAUAUACGUGGAUCUAUGAAUAUGCUAAUUAGCCCCGCCUCCACUCACUCGCAUGAGCUCAGAGAUCCACUCGGUCAACUUACUGAGGUAAACGCUGCACAAUGGUAUCGCUCUUUACAAUGUCAGAUACACGACGGUAAUUAAUAUGAUUAGCCUUUUGCUUGACUACAUUUUCAAACAGCUGCUCAUAAUGUGUUGUUACUGUUACAAACCAUGUUCCCGUUUGCGAGUGAGACGGCUGUCUUCAAAAAAUCAGUAUCCUUAGAAACGCUUUGAACACCUCAGAACAUCAGUGAGAAAGGCAUAUUCAUCAUAUGAAUACGAUACAUAUGAAGGCAUAACAUCGUUAUACUGAGAAUGCAAAAAAACAGUAUGCGAACAGAGUAGUAUAUCAGAAUUCAUGGUAUUCGAAAAACAGUAGGCUAAAAGUACACUGAUGACACUACUUCCGGCGAGAUUCUGAAGUGCCACGCUGGUAGGUCAUGUGAUAGUAACAACAUGGCGGAUGUAGUACGUCCGAAUUCAUUCAUACUAGACGCGUUUUAGUCAUUUUCGCGGAACUCUGUGAAUGGCUGAACUCGAAAAAUGCAAAUAACUUUCCCGUUUUUAGUACAUUGUUGUCAUGUAAACAUACACUUAAAUUUUUUGUAGCAUUUUUUGUUGUUGUUCAGUGGCAUGCCAUAUAAUCUUUGCAGGGUGUAUUUGCAAAACAUACCUAGCCUAUAUCUGUAUGAUGGAAACAAACCAGCAUUUCAGACAAAAAUUUGAGUAAAAAAAACUUUAAAAACCUUUUUGUUGUUGUUAAAUUUGAACCUUGAAGCUAUUUAAAUCAUGACUUUCAGGUCACCUUUCUUCUAUUAAUAACACUAUGACCAAAAUAUUAGUGAUCAGUCAAGCUAUGAAUCAGACCAUGAAAACUUACGCAUGCCAUUAAAAAACAAAAGCUCUUUAGAUACAGUAGUGGUUUCUCAUCAACACAGGUUUAAUAGAAUACAGUGAUGACCAUCAGUAACAUAGGUUUCUUCUUUAAGAUACGUUUUUCUUCCCCUCUAAGUUGUCUGGAAACCCUUCCUCAGCUUUGCUUUAGAGAAGACAAGCCCUUUGAAGAGCUCUCUUCACUCAUGGCUUGCGUAGGUUCAUUAUUGCUAGCAGAAAAAGAGCAGUACUCAACAGUACAUGGACAAAAAGCAGUGACAGCAAGUGAGGAGAGGGCUAACCGUCAUGAAAGAUAGAGCGCGCGCCCUUGACGCAGAAACUAUCGCUAACAGGGGAAACGCUGCGUCUAACAGUCAGUCCAUGGGGGCCAAGGCUCAAGAUUAUGUGAAGACGAAGUGAGAUGUUCUUCGUUGACAUGAACCGUCCGAAAACUUUGGUCCUUUGACUCAUUACCACUCGGUGAAUAAGCGAGAGCCUGUGACUGCCAGCGCUGCAUCUGUUAGACUCUGCGCACUUCCAAGUAGUUUUCAAGUACGUACUUCAGUGAGAAGGAGGCGGGGCCAGGGGUUACUGAAAAGCGUUACAGACUUCUGUAUCCAUCUGAGUUAUCAGUGGUGAUUAAAAUAGCACAUUUAGGAGACGGACAUCACAUACACAUCCCAAAUGUUACGCGCACUCACGCACUCAAAACAUACGUACAUGUAUACAAUAUAUGUAAGUUACUACACUUUUGAUAUAUAAUUUGUGCCCCGUACGAGGUUAUGAUCGUGAGGGAGAUUGUACAUGAUGGUGAGGGUGAAAGGGGAAGGCUAUUUCUGAAUCUAUUCGCCGCAUAUAUCAUCUCGAGCGGAGCUUCGUCGCGAGGUCCGUGUCCUGUGAGCUGCGCUCAUCCAUCUCCGGUCAUCAAUCCCGUAUCGAAGGCCUUGAGGGAACGUUUUCCGCUUCUAGUGCAGAUCUUCGAUUUACGAUUCAUGGUGCAGCUGGUGACGUGCUCAAAAACUUCCACAAGGGUAUAAAACCUGGUGACGAAUCUCACAAUGCGUACAAACAUUCGGGACAGGCGUCUUUUAAUGCGGGUAAAUGUUUCAUUGAUCCUCCUCCUUGUUCGUUUCAAGCUCUAAAGGAGGGUUCCUCUUACAUUCGACAUCUGGAUGUACAUUCUGGACCAGUUAAAAUGCACCAUGACAGUUUAACUAACCAUUCAAGCCCCCUUUUUUGACAGGAGAACAAUGAUGUCGGGUGAGAAGUGAAAUUCGUGGCUGGAGGCGGAUGAGGGGAGCCUGAAUGACAACACAUAAGCUAAGUGAUGGACGUUUAUGCCCGCCCCCCGCCCAUUAUCUAUCCCUCUGCCAACAAACAAAAAAUAAAUAAAUAAACGGAAACA